AUGCUGCAACCGCCAAAAACACCAACGAAACCAAUUCACACUAUCAAUCGACCUCAGAAUCUGCCAGAUAGUAAACAGAAGGAUAGACUACGUCCUCCAGUAGAUCAGAAACUAACGACAAGCAAAAUUCGUUCUUCCCUAUCAACUUUCGCUCAAAAGAGCCACAUCGCCAAAGACCUCUUGCAUCCACCAAAUUCUCCGCAUCAGAAAAAACUGCGUUUUCAUUUAGCUAAGGAACGAAAAGCUUCGACUACCCUCGGCAUCAUAAUGUCAGCUUUUAUUGUAUGCUGGCUUCCGUUCUUCGUUCUAGCUAUAAUUAGACCGUUCGUCAACGAAGAUACCAUUCCCGACGCGGUCAGCGCGCUUUUCUUGUGGCUUGGCUACAUCAACAGCCUCCUCAAUCCUAUAAUAUAUGCUACGUUAAAUAGAGACUUCCGGAAACCGUUCCAAGAAAUCCUCUUCUUUCGAUGUUCGAACCUGAAUCACAUGAUGCGAGAAGAGUUCUAUCAUAGCCAGUACGGCGGGCCGGAACAGCAUUAUUGUGUUAAUAACUCCAAGAAUCAGAAUUACGACGAAGGCGUGGAAAUAGUUUCCGCCGUAGACAGGGAGGAAACGAGAGCGACUGAGAGUUUUCUAUGA